CUACAGUUGAUUCAUAGUAACCAGUCAGAAAGUCAUCGUGCAAACAGAUCACAUACAAUGCAACAUCAGAAGACUAAGUCUGGCACACAGAAGUCACAACCUCUCAAAUGCCUUAUCAGCGAAUCAAAUUUGGUUUUAUAUGAGAAGUUGGGAGAUGGUUCUUUUGGAUAUGUUAGAAAAGGUGAAUGGACAUCACCCUCAGGAAGCAAGAUCAACGUGGCUGUAAAAUGCUUAAAGAAGGAGACAAUACUGCAACCUGGCUUUUUUGAAGAUUUUGUGACAGAAGUGAAUUCUAUGCAUGCAUUGGAGAACCCAUACCUGAUACGACUUUAUGGAGUAGUGCUGUCUUCGCCACUGAAAAUGGUGACGGAACUAGCUCCACAUGGCGCCCUCAUUGACAGGCUCCAUAAAGAGAACGAAAAGAUGUUGAUAAGCAUGUUACAUGAAUACGCAAUCCAGAUAGCUAGUGGAAUGAAUUAUCUGGAAACAAAGAGGUUUAUCCAUCGUGAUUUAGCUGCGAGGAACAUCUUGCUGGCCUCAAAAGAUAAAGUAAAGAUUGGUGAUUUUGGAUUAAUGAGAGCACUUCCAGCUGAAGAAAAUCAUUAUGUUAUGACUGAAAAGAAGAAAGUACCCUAUGCAUGGUGUGCUCCAGAAAGUUUAAAAUCUCGGCGUUUUUCCCAUGCGAGUGAUACAUGGUCUUAUGGUGUGGUACUGUGGGAAAUGUAUACAUUUGGACAGGAGCCUUGGCUUGGACUAAACGGGUCACAGAUAUUGCAAAAAAUUGACCAAGAAGACGAACGGUUGCCAUUCCCUGACAAUUGUCCAUGGGACAUAUACCAGCUGAUGUUACAGUGCUGGCAACAUCCAGCAGAGAAAAGACCAACAUUCAAAGCCAUCAAAGACUAUUUAUGUAAGAUACGCCCACUUGAGAUGUCAGCCUUGCAGAGCUGGGAGGAAGCAGACAACAUGUUAAUGAAUGAUGGAGAUAGGAUCAUCAUCAUCAAUGGCAGAGCUGACAACCAAUUUUGGAUAGGACAGAACAAGAGGACUGGCGCAUUUGGAAAGUUUCCACGAACUCUGUUAACUUCGGGCACAUUGACAAGUGCUGAUAUAAGUGAACCAUUGACUAAUAGUUUUAUUCACACUGGUCAUGGAGAUGUGGUUGGUGGAAAGUCCUGGGGUUGUCCAGAAGCUAUAGAUGACCUUUAUAUCAAGAACCCAAUGCAGCCAAGUGAUGAGUAUGAACAAAUGAAGCCCAAGCCCCUUACCCUACCUGACAGAUCAAAAGGUGGCACUCGUGGAUCCAACAAGUGCAAUAUCCAGACUUCACAGACACUAGGUAGACGUCAAAGAACAAAUUCAGGACCAAGUCAUAGCGACUCAAAGCCAAAAUCAUCCUCCUUAGACUUGUAUGAUAACAAAGAGCGGAAAUCAAAAAGUAAAUCAGUUGAUGUGGAUACUGCACUUUUGAUCGACCUCUCAGAAGAUACACUAAGUGUUGGUUCACCAAUGAAAAAUGUAAAUUCCGCACCUGACAUGCAGUUGCUUAUGGAUGAGGCAGCGCCGUCACCGACUACUACGGAAACAUUGCUACCCAAGCCACUCGCACUGAAACCAGGACAUGCUAUAACAGAUUUAUACGAUGAUGUUGCAUUUCCAUCAAAAUAUGAUGAAGUAUGUGAGGAGCCCACAAAAAACAAUAGUUCAUAUCAAACUUCAAAUCCUGGUAAUCCAUUUGUGAUGCAUGCAUAUGACAGUGUGCCAAAGGAGACAUAUGGUGAAAUGGAUGCUAUUCAGAAUCCAUUUUCAAAACCGGAUGCAAAAGCUUCACAGGUUUCAGCAAUGCCAGGAAAUGCACUUUGUGCAAAGGGACUCCAAAAAGUACAAACAGUUCGAAAUCAAUGGACAAAUUUUUAUGAUGAAGUUCCGAAUGAUACAAGGACUACUCCUCAUUUGUAUGACCCUGUUCCAGUAGAACUGCCAUCAAAUGAACCAUUACAACCAGUUAAAGUACUUCCAACUUUCAGUGUGAUGGAAAUGUAUGGAAAGGUUGACAAGAAAAAUAAGUUUGAUCAUCAUGCCAAUUUACAAACAGAUACGACAAAAGGUAUGCCAAGUCGAGUUGAGAAAAGCCAAAUGCCAUCAAGUAAAGCAGUUCCCACAUCAAGUUGGCCUGUUCAGUCUUCUGUCAGACCUGCUACAACAUCAACCAAGCCUGUAACAACAUCUACCCAGCCUGCUACCAUGCUAAAUAAACAUGUAGCACAAUCUAGUAAGCCUACUACCACAUCAAACAAACCUGUAGCAACAUCUGCCCAACCUGCUACCAUUCUAAAUAAACCUGUAGCACCAUCCAGUAGGCCUAUUACAACAUCAACCAAGCCUUUAGUGACCUCGUGUACACCUCCUAUCACAUUAGGCAAGCCUGCUCUUACUUCUUCUUUACCAAUUCAUGGCCAAGUUAAAAAACAAUUGACUGAUGAAUCAACAAGAGACCCAUUGGAAGAAAUGAAAGAAGUUGUGAAAUCAGCAGCAACGAAAAGAGGUGGUAUUUUCCACCGACAAAUUUCACAGAGUGCUCCUCGUGAUUCUCUCAGUGACAAAGUUCCUCUGAUCAGUGCAUCGCGAGAUGACCUCUCCACUAGUAUUGAUUCCUUUGUUGACUACGGUCUAACUGGGAAAGCUUCAAAUACACGAAAAGAAACAGAAAAAGAGGAACCACAUCUGAUGUUGCUCAAAUUUCCAAAGAAAGAUCGAAAGUCAGACAUGCAGAAGGAAGCCGACACUGGAGACCUGAUUAGCUUUUCACCUAACAAUGAAAAAAGUAAACCAGAGCCUCUACCAAGACAGCCAAUAUUCCAUGUACCCGCUUCCAAGAAAUAUUCAAAUAGACCGAGAGACGAACGCAGAUCUGAUCCCAUGAUGCAUCAUGUUAACAUGAAAGCUGUUCAGAAUUCUAGUGGAACAAAUUCAGAGUUGCAUGAUGGUCCUCCAAUACCACCUAGAGAACACAAACCUCUUCUGUCACGUCAAUUAUCUGAUCCAAACAGAGGUUUGGAGUCAAAGUCAAAAACCCAUGUAAUAUUGCCAAUCACACAGGAUGGCAAAAAGAUAAGCAACACACAUUAUUUCUUACUUCCUUGUAAGCCAAACUCGCAUCGUUCUUCGAGUCCGGAAGAAUUUGAAAACGUUCCAACAUUUGCAAAUCCCAAGUCUCCAACAAGGACUUCCACUUUAGCAGCCAACAUGACACAAAUGCGACCAUUCAUGCAUGACAGCAAACCAUCCGGUCAUUAUUUUGUGAAUCAGAGUGGCGUCACAUCAAACAGUGUGGACUUUGCUCACAAUGUAUUGCAAUCGAACCCCCAGAGUGUUGGACAGGCACAUAAGUCUAAGCACACAAUGAAACCCAACAAGAGUCACCAUGGCUUGGAUCUGUCCUCUAUGAGGCCGAUUCUUCCACAUGACCAGUCGGCUGCUUUCAACCAUGCUGCCUCAGGCCUUACCUCACCAUUAAAUCAAGUGGUGGUGUCACCUUCACAGAGAAUAUCAUCUGCACCUCCAGUAAGCUUUGGGUUUGAUCCCUUCCAUAACCGCCCGCUGUCACCUAAAAAUAAGGACACCCCAUUUGGCGAGUUCCUCGGCAAUCCUCAUGCUCCUCGCUUCAAAGUUAAUCAAGUUCAAGCACAGGUUCAUGGCGUCAUAACAGAGGAAUGUGAGACUGCCCUCAUCAGUUGCUCAGGUGAUGUGAAGGAAGCUGUCAAUUACCUAAAGGGGGAGCAGCUAUUUCGCUUAGGCAUCACAUCGCGUGAACAUUGCGAGAACCUACUAAAAUCAAUGGGUUAUGAUUUGGCGUUGGCUUCAUCAGUCCUACUGGACCAGUAUAAGACAUCACAGCCAAACUCAUAGAAACCGGACUGAAAUUAUCAAUUGUACAAGUAGUUAAUCACAGUUACUCCUAAUGAUGUUUAUAUUUACUAAUUGUUUGUUUUCUGUUCUCUGAGUUGUCAAUGGUUUAUGAGUGAGCAAGGGGCUUUUUGUGGUGUUGCGUGUUCUUGUAAAUAAUGUUAGUAUUUAUGCAAAGGUUUUUAAGCCAAUAAUAUAGUGCUGUGGGGUAAUUAUUAUUAUUAAAGUAAUGGUUGGAAGACAGCACUUUAAGCUGUCUAUCUUGCCCGUUUCAAUUAGUAUUACAUAGUAAUAGUAACAAUAACAUUUGCCCUGUAAAGCUACUUUGAAGUGCAAGUAUUUACUGUCUCCAAGGUGAAGAUAAUAAAAUAUAUUUUCUAAAAUAUGGUUUUCAUAUAAAUAGAGAUUGAAAGAAUUUUAUUUUAGCUUUCCGAGGCAUAAUUAGUUAAUUAUAUCAUUCUGAAAAAGGAUGUUAUAGUUGCUUCAUUUAGUGCAUUAGAGUAGUACUGUCUUCCAACCAUCAUUUUUGUACAUACAGUGUGGCUACUGCCAUUGUCAUUAAUAUUUGUGUAAGUUUUCUCUAGCAGAACUAAUGUCUUUUAUCUAUGUUAUUUUAUAUAAUAUAAUAUAUAUAUAUAUACACAUCAAACUGAACAUCUCAGGUGUUCAGUACUCUAUUAAUUGAUUUUUUUUAUUUGGCAUAAUUAAAACUUUUGUUGCACCUGAUUCCAGGUCUAAAAAUUAAAAACCUCUACAGGUGUUAUAUUUGAUUGCAACUUUACUAAGUAUUGUUAAGUGCAAGACCUGUAUUUUUUAGUAUUUUGUUAAUGUGCACUUAAUGUUAUAUUUUAUUCGAUUGUAAAAGUUUAAUACCAAAUAUGGUAAUGAUUUACAAUUUACUGGACAGUAGUAAACAAUAGUUGCACGAUAUUGUUGAUCGAUAAUAUUUAAUAUGAUACAUUAUUACUAGACUCCUGUCCAAUUCAGGAACUAAUUGUUUUGUAUUGAUCUUCAAAAUGUAAUAUAAUAUUGGUGAUCAAAUCUCCUGGGUUUACAAUUUGCAUAUUGAAUGCCAAUAGCUUAUGUGGGUGUUCAAUAGAUGUGAGGGUGCACCAGCUGGGAUAUAAAUUGCAAGGUUUCCCAGUUAAAAAGUAAUUUACUUACGAAUUAUUCUACCAAAAUUGGAAUCUUUUUUUUUUUUUUUUUUUUUACCUCUAAACGGUGUAUUUUAUGAUUUUAAAGAAAUUCAUCAUUGUAGGAAUUGUACUGUGCUUUUUAAAAUGAUUUUGGGACCAAAUGGAAAUAAGUUGACCGUAAUGGUUACUUUUACUUAAUUUCUGAACAAACAAAUAAAUGAAUCCUGAAAAGGUAAUUUAAAUGCUAUUUUUUAAACAUGCAUGUACCAUCAUCUAUUAAUUAGAAAAAAAUUGCAUUAUGAAGGCACAACAAAAUAACAAAAGUUUUAAAUGGAAAUGUAUAGACCAGUUAUAAUUAUAGCCAACUUCGUGCCUAGACCGUCUGAACGCGUAUAGCAAUUUUUUCUUUUUUAAAUUUUGUGUGUUGGGUAUGUGAUUACGAACAGUCUAGUUGGUGGCUAGAGUCUUGUAUCCAAAUUUACAGUGUAGCUGAUGUACAUAAUGUAGUAUAUAAGUAAAACAUGCAUUUCAUUGAAGAUUAAAUGCAAAAUCCUUUUAUUAGACAAGGUUGUGAAUAUUUGGUUUCACAAUCCUAGGCAAUUGCAUACUACAUUGUUAUUAGUGUCAUACUGUAAGCCAUAAAUUAUACAGAUUUGCUAUAAAGCUUUAUAGUUAUAAAGAAUGUGCCAAACAAAAUGAAGGUUGCCAGUAUUUUGGUACCAUGAUAGAUUUUAUUGAAAACUCAAUUUGAGAUGAUAUCUGUGCUUAGAUCAAGUGACAAGUGCAACAAAUUUUGUGUAAACCAAUUACGAAAGUAAACAUUGUUUUUAUUUAUUUAUUUUAUUUUUUAUUUAUUUAGG